UUCGCACACAGGUAAGGGACACGUGGUUAAUUUCUCCAAUCAGAUUGUACCUUUUAUUCAUAUAAAGAGGGCUGAAAAUACUUUUCCGUCAGUCAACUGUACGAACAGGUGCCAGAAAUACGUGUUAGUGAAUGGUGUAUUAAAAAAUAAUUAUAAAUCGAACUGAAAUUCUUUUUAAAACAAUUCAUCGAGUAUCAAUAUGAGAGCUGAAGCUUACGUGGAGAUCAUAGAACAGCCCGCUAGUAAAGCUUUUAGGUUUCGUUAUGAGAGUGAACGGCGGACCCAUGGGAGUAUACCUGGAGUUCACAGUACACCAGCGAAGAAAACAUUCCCAACAAUCAGGAUUAUUGGGCCCUGGUUAAAUGGCCGAGUUAUUGUCUCCUGCGUGACAAAAGACCAAUACAGAGCUCAUCCCUAUCGCGUUGUGAGCAAAGAGCCCGGCUCACAUAAUGGUAUAUUUACCACAACCCUAGAACCAGACAGCAACAUAAUUGAAUUCAAGAACUUGGGCAUUCAAUGUGUCAAACGAAAAGAUGUGAAAAAGGCGCUAGAGGAAAGGAAACAGACUGGCGUGGAUCCGUUUGGAAAGGGCUUUGAUCCCACUCAGAUUUCAGCUGAUGACUUGAACGCAGUCAGACUAUGUUUUCAGGUAUAUCUUCGACCACCUGGAACCAACGCAAAGCAAUGUGAAAUCAAACUUAAACCUGUGGUGUCUGAUCCCAUUCACGCUAAACAAUUAACACUCGAUUUGACGAUAUGUCAAUUGAGUUCUGUUGUGGCUUCAGUUGCUGGAGGAACACCGUUGAUGAUAUUCUGCCAGAAAAUUAUGAAAGAAGACAUCAGAGUUCGAUUUUUUGAGGAACGAAACACUCGAGUCGUUUGGGAGGCUUUUGGAGAUUUUAGGCCGGACGACGUCUUUGAGCAGUCAGCAAUCGCUCUUCUAACACCUCCCUAUUAUACUCAAGAUGUGGAUCAUCCAGUAGACAUUUUCGUGCAGCUUAUAAAACCAUCAACUAAUGACUAUGGUAAACCUAUCUCUCUCCAACUUCUGCCCUCCCAUUCGAUGCUUAACAGUCUGACAGAUGCAGAUAUUCAGUUUUCACUAAAAAGAAAGAGGAAAAACUUCAAAAUCUUUGAUUUAUUGGAGCAUCCAAACAAGGCUCCCUGUGGCUGCAUACUGGCACCGAUAAUCAACCCUAGCUGUCCAAUCCAUAAUCCACAAAUUAGAAACUUCAACCAAGGAACAAGCACAAUAAAUCAUGGACCAGGAUAUGAAAGUACAUGGAAUAUUCCUGAAACAAGACCAAAACUGUUUUACUACAACGAGAACAUCAAUAUUGAAGGAGCCAUGUCUCUACCGAAGAAAGCAAAGUACUCGGUAGACUUUGCACCCUCAAUGGCAGCUCGAAUGCCUACCGCCUACAACGCAGUCCAUAAUACAACUUCAAAUGUUCCUCAAAUGACUCUAAGAGAUUUUAACAAUCCAACACCGUGUGAAUUCCGAAACAGACCUGCAGUGGAACCGAGUUGUCAACCAUUACCUUUAUCUCACCAAUCGCUAUGCAUGUAUCAAAACCCUUUCCCUAGAAAUACCACCCCUAUUGUGGCAGAUGUACCCGAAGUACCUUUCAACAACCUGAGAGAUUGGCAGGUGCAAGGUGAACCGACGUUGCAACCCAUAAUCGUGAAAUUGAGUGAACAGCAAAUACCACCAUCCAACAAUUAUGAUUACAACUCGAGAGGUCAGAUAGAUAUGAAUCAAAACUUGUUGGACUUUGAUAUCGAUGACAGAGUGAAUCAACUCUCUGAUUCUCUCACAAGUGGGCUCAUGCUCAGCGAGGAAAUAGAUUUUGAAGAAUUCGAUAAAUACGAAAAAAGUAUUAAUAACGGUAUUGCUAUGGGUGUGCACGGAGCCUAUGAGGAGACUGAUUACGCGGUCCAAGGAAUUUUGAAUGUUUCUCAGAAUCAAAAAUCCCAAAAUUAUUCGACUAAUGCAUGGACGUGGGAUUCGAGAAUGAAUUAAUUUAAACAGGCAAAUGGUAAACUAUAACUGUUUGAUUUUUUUCCAACUUGUUGAAUAGGAAUUUUCUUCUGAUAGUCAUUGGUAUCGAAAAAAAUUCCUACACAAAUCGUGAAUUUUCUCCACUUUACGGGAUGAAUCCACAAACAAAAACAUCAAAAUGAAUACAUUUGAUUUUACCAUUUUACUACGAAAUCAAUAUCGAUAUUACCUAAAAAAACUCGCUUGUCUUGGCCACUAAAACGAUGUGAUAUUCCUUUACCAUCAGUUUCAUACUAUCGUAUUUAUUGUUACAGUGUUUCUUUUGUUAAUUUUUUUACUUGUAAUAUACAACUGGGAUAUUUGGAAUAACCUGAGUGAGUCAAGAUAUUCUCAAUUAUACAGUUUAUAAACUCUGAAAAAAGAAAACAUGUUUUUCUCUUUCAUUGCUGUUACAUUAUUACACAUUACCCUGUUGCGAAGACUGUGAUAAAAAAUAAUAAAAAACAAAAACGACGUGAGAUAAAAACUAAAGUAAAUCAAUGGAAUUAAAAUAAAUGAUAAAACGACGUUUGAUUUUUUUUUAUUGUUUGUCAAAAUGUAUUUACUUAAAAAUACAAUCAAAGUUUCUCGUCAAAUUCUGAUGGAAUGGGCAGAAAUUGUUUCUGUGGUAUAUCUAUUUUCAAAGAUUCUUUGUUUUGAAAUCGAGAUGAGGUGAUUAUUGAUCCUGUACAAAAAGUAAUUGAACAAGAUAGUUUUUCGUUUAUGAACACACAAAUCCAAACUCUUAGCCUAAAGAUGUAUAUUCUGUCAUCGAUUAAGUUUUUAUUUGAAUGAAUAAAAGUGUGUUGGAAA